AUGCUGCCCCGCGCAGCGAGCUCGACCCCACCCCAUCCGGACGCGAACGGCACGUCUGAACUACGCGACGAGGACAAGGACGACCACAAGCCGCGGGACAGCAAUGGCUGGGACGGGAAGCUAAGAGUGGACAAGCUUGCGCUGAGCGACGAGCCCAGAGACCCGACUGUUGAGAUUCAGAGCGACCCGGAGGUAUCAGACGAGGAAGGGCCGGCACCAGAACAGCUGCCUGCAGACGAGGAUCUGCUCGACGAUACACCAGAAGACGAAGAAGAGAUUGAGCUGGUGCACUGCAAAAUCGCAGACAUGGCGUCGCUGCGGUUGGAGCGCUUCAAGCAGAUGAAGCGCCUCUGCCUACGCCAAAACAAAAUCGAAGCAAUCGACAUCCCCGCCGCCCUCGCCCCCUCCCUCACCGAAAUCGACUUCUACGACAACCUCAUCGCGCACAUCAAGGGCCUCGACGCCUUCACAAACCUCGUCUCCCUCGACCUCUCCUUCAACAAGAUAAAACAUAUCAAGCGCCUCGCCCACCUGACCAAGCUCAAAGACCUCUACUUCGUCCAAAACAAAAUCAGCGUUAUCGAGAACCUCGAAGGGCUGACAAAUCUGCGCCAAAUCGAGCUGGGCGCGAAUCGCAUCCGCGAAAUAACCGGUCUCGAGACGCUGACGAACCUUGAGGAGCUGUGGCUGGGAAAGAACAAGAUCACGGAGAUAGGCGGCUUGUCCACGUUGACCAACCUGAAGAUAUUGAGCAUCCAGUCCAACCGCCUGCGCUCCAUCACAAACCUCUCCUCCCUCACCUCCCUCGAAGAACUGCACAUCUCCCACAACCUGCUCACCUCGCUCUCCGGCCUCUCAGAAAACAAGAACCUGCGCGUCAUCGACAUCAGCGCGAAUCCCAUCGAGCACCUCUCCGGCCUGGACGGGCUCACGCACCUGACAGAGUUCUGGGCGAGCAACUGCAAGCUGGCCAGUUUCCAGGAGGUCGAGAAGGAGCUGGGGGACAAGGAGGAGCUCGAGACGGUCUACUUUGAGGGGAACCCACUGCAGAGACAGCAGCCCGCGCUGUAUCGGAAUAAGGUCAGGCUGGCGUUGCCGAGAAUUGUGCAGAUUGAUGCUAGUAAGUUGAAGUGA